AAUACACUAAAAAAGUACUACUAUCAUUUCUUUUCUCUCAUCACCACCAUUAUCUCUCUCUAGAACCCAAAACCCCCUCUCUCUCAUCUCUCUAUCUUCAUCUUCUUCUCAUUAGUUAUCUUUCUCAUGGCACUUACAUUCCAUAGCUUCUCCAUAAGGCAUAUAAUAUAUAUUUGAUUAUUUUUUUAUAUUUUUAAUUUUAAUUUUGUGUUUAUUUUUUUUAAAAUUUGUUUUCACGGUUAUGACUGUGACGGUAACUAACUGUUUCAUUUCUGUGGUUAUGAUUCGGUGUGGCAGGGACUAUACUUCGAAGAUGAGGUCCGUGGAUGUUUUCAAAUGCUGGCCAUUCGCCGCCUCCGGACUCAGCCGCGACGAGGCUGAGUCCUGGCUUCCUCCAAUGAGUAUUCCAGAGUCACGGCAGUGGUCUGAUAACCUUGCCGGACAGAGAUCCAACCUCGCCUGUGCCGGCAGAGGGGGAGAAAGGUUGAAUCAACCGAAUGGGAUGAUUUCGUACGAGAGUGAAUCAGAGAAAGAGGAUAAGUUAGUUAGCGGUGGAUGUGCCAAGGAUAAGUUAGUUACGGGUGGAUGUGCCGAGGAUUCGGUGUUGGAGGAAGAGGAGAAGGUGGAGCUGGUUUGUCCCGUGUGCCGAGAUUUCAAGGCUGCAACACUGACGACGGUGAAUGCGCACAUUGAUGAUUGCCUCUCGCGGACGGUGAGGGAGGAGCGGCGGUGGAUGCAGCAGUCGAAACCGAAGGCGCCCAAAAGGCGCUUCAUCUCAGAGAUUUUCGAGAUGAAAGAGGAUGUUGAAAAGGAGAAGCCACCAGAGAUUGAGUCAGUGUUGAAACGUUUGGUAGCCGAUGAGGUUUCGAUUACAGUCACGAAGUUUCGGUGGCUCUCGGAGCGGCUCGCGGCCUUGAGAUCCAACGGAAUUUCCUUCGAUUUCGUGGGAGGAAACUCGAAUUCCACUGAUGAGGAGAAGGAAUCGGAGAUGCUUUGUCCUGUUUGUAGGGUUUUCAACACCGCAACGGUAACCACGGCGAACGCGCACAUCGACGAUUGUCUGUCAAUGGCGAUGAAGAAGAAUGAGUUGUGGCUGGAACCAAGUUUGAAUAAUCCGAAGCUGAAAGUAUCAAAGAAGCGCUCUCUCGCCGAAAUUCUCACCGUCACGCCUCAAAUCAACGCCGUUGGAGACCGCAAACUCACUGCGGAGGCUGGGAAAGAAGAUGAAAACGAAGAGAAUGGAGAAGAGUUUGCGAAUUUCAAAAGGAGUACGAACAACAACGUGACGAAGAAGAAAAAGUUGAAGAAGGUUAUCACGAGGAAGAAAAACAAGGUGGAAAGGCGUGGCUUUGUGAUUCUAAACGAUGAAAGUAAGAAGAUAAACAAAAGGAGAAAGAAGCUAAACAAGGAGUUCACUGCGAAGAAGGGAGAUGCUUACAAGCGCAAGAUGCAGAAUUCAGUAUAUAGUUUCAGAGAGCAAGGCACUGUUGGGAAUAAAAAGGUGAAACUUGAUGACAUUGAUGCUUCUUCUGUUCAUGAAAAGAAAUUGGGUUUAAAGACACUAUCAGAAGAAAAUAAGGAAGAAGUGAAAAACUGGGACUCAGUUGGAAAGCAACAAAAGGCAGUGUCUCCCAUUCGCGGCAUUCUUAAGAAUCACAAACACAUUUCUGAAAGUACUUCAAGUGGUAGUAAUAUUCAAGAUGGUAACGAGGAAAGCCGUUGUGAUGUUCAAGUGUUAUUAUCAGACAAUCAUGUGAGAUUUUCUGCUGAGGAUUCCGUACUUGGUCCAGAAAAGAGAAACUCAUUUGAUGAAACUGGGUUCAGUUUGUCUUCAGAUUCGCUGGCUUCUUCAUUUGGAGAGAAGCAGUUCACUGGAAAUGAGGAAGGAACUUUGAAUUUGGAGGAAAACAGAAAUGACAACACUGCCAUUAAUACAGAUAUGACACAGGAAAACAGAAAUGAUGAAGGAACUGUGAAUUUGGAGGAAAACAGAAAUGACAACACUGCCAUUAACACAGAUAAGACAAAGGAGGUUUGUCCUAUGGUUGAAAAUAAACAGUUUUCUAAUACUCUAGGACAUGUUGCGGUACAAAAAUUGUUAAAGCCAAGUUCCAGUGAAGAGAAAUCAAAGCACUUAAAGGAGAAGUCUGAAUCAUUAUCCAAUGUGACGAUUUGUGAUAAUAAUUUAGACCGGUUCGAUAGAGGCAACACAACUACAGUGCUUGUUUCUCCAUAUGGUGACUUUUCUAGAUCUCUUUCAGAAUUUCAAGGGGGGCAGACUUCUGGUAUAAAUACACAAGCGUGUGAAUCUGAAGCUUAUAGUUGCACUGGAAAGUUCAUUGAUCAUUUGGGAGGUCCAACUUUUCAGUCUACAAAUGCAAACACAAGGACAUAUUUGGAGCCUUCGCCCUCUUAUUCUGCUUCGUGUAACGAAGUAAAUGAGAGACCUGAAUUUCCAUUGCACACGUAUAAAAACAAUGAUAACAAUGGCCAAGCUUUGGGUGGCAGAUCAUUGUCAGGCACGUUUUCUGCAGAUAGGAUUGGUAAUUCGUUUCUCUUGCCUGGCUGGGGGAAAGGAAGUAUAAGGAAUAACUGCAUGGGGCAGAACUUUUAUGGUUUGCCACUCAAUUCUCAUGGUGAGCUAAUCAACUUCAGUUCAAGUGGAAAAGUUGAGAUGAACAAGAUUGAGACAUCAUGUACAUUAAGAGGUUCUUUAAGCGACUUAGCUGUGAAUAAUGUUUUCCAUCAAAAUAGCCAGGAAUAUUUAAGCAUCGGUAAGAGGCAUGUUGUUCAGAAGACAUUUCAAGAUCGGGUAAAUCUAUUUCCUCACUAUUCAGGCAGUUUAGGUGUUAGAGAGUUACAUGGAAGGGAGAGAGCAGAUAUCUAUCAGCAUAAUUCUGGUUGGUGUUCCAAUCACCAUGUCGAGCCAUUUGAUUCAGAGUUGAACCUCGUGAGAAACCCUUUCAUUGAACAGAAUCAGCUUGAAAAGAUGCCAAAUCACAAGGAAUAUGGAAUGGUUUCACCAAGAGGAAGCUCGGGUCUUGUUUCACCAAGUUCCAGCCAACCAACAAUGAGGUUGAUGGGUAAAGAUGUUCCGAUUGGUAGAAGCAGCAAAGAAAAGCAAAAAAUUGUUGGAGGAGUUCCUUGGGCUGAAGAGAAAUCCAGAAGGCAUUAUUCUGUAGAUUCUGCUCGGGACAAUUCUUUGUUAGGAAGAUGCUACAUGCCAGAUUCAGCAUCUGGUUCGCAAUCACAGAGACAAACUGAGAAUGUGUUUCAAUCAGUGAAAAUUCAAAGCAAUCAGGCAUUACAAAGUACCUUGUUGAUGAAAGGUCCAAACUCUGAAUUUCUUAAUCUGCGAAGUAAUCAUCAUAUAUCUCAAAAUGGAAGCCUUGGAUUCAGCAGAAAUGCUAGUACUAAUUUGCAUACUAUUUCCCAAGCACCUACUUCCUGUGCAAUAUAUAAUAGGCCACAUGAAGACUUGCCUGAGCAGUUUAUAUCUGGAGCGAAACCUCAAGGAUUCUGCUUUCAUUCUCAGGUACCAUCUAGUCCUUGCAAUUUCAAUCUGUCUACUUUAAGCAGUGGUGAGCUGAAUGACCGGAAGAGGCACCAUUGUGUCACGAAUUCGUCCUUUGGAUUCCCCUUCUUGCACCCGAUUGUUGAAGAACAGGCCAAAUCAUCCUGGAGCAAGAGUUCCUAUAGAAGUUUGCCACCAUGGUCCUUAGGCUCAACACAUGAAAGGCCACUUGGAAGCUCUUCAAGUACAAGUUUUCCUCAUAAUACAUGGAGAAAUGAUUCUACUAUCCCAUUUGUGAAUCAUUCGGCAGAUGUUUUGUAUCCUCCUAAUUCUGUGACUUCUCACUUUCCCAGGAAGACCAUUCUUUGCCCAACAUCAAUUGCUCGUCCUCAUUCUCCACAUGCUUCUGUUCCCCCCAUUAUAGAACCACCCUCUGCCAUAGAUAGUGGUUGUAGAAACAUAUUUAAGGUCACGGACAGUGAAAUUUGAUGAUAUGAUUGCCAAAAACUAUCAUCCAUGCACCAAUUCCAGGAGGAGACCCUCAGCUAGUCUUGUUGAUCCUCCAAAAUCUAACAUGUUACCUAUAAUUGAAGUGCAGACAAACUUAACUGCCAUGGCUGUGCAGCGAAACACAAGAGAAGUUGAACUUGAUUUCCAAGUGGGUGCAAGAAGUGAAUGUUGUCAGAAUGAGGUUCAGAAUCUAAAUCCAAGAAGCUAUCUUGGCUUUGAUUCUUCUGACCGGGAUGGUGUGGCAAUAUCUGGUCCUGUGAAACUUAGUCCAGGUGCUGAGCAUAUUCUGAAGCCCUCUCAGAAUCAGGAUAACUCAACACCAAUCCAUUCUUCCAUUCCUAUUUCUGCGACUACUGACUGUGAUAGGAAUCUAGAACUUCAAGGCAAAUUGACAAAAAUGUACAUAUUUUAGGAGUAACUCCAUUUUAUGAUGUUAGUUUUUUGCCUUAAUAGUGUAUCCAUCCAUGAACAUAACAGAAUUGUCCAUGUAUAAUAUUGGCAGGUUUCUGAAAUA